GCGGGCUGGAUAAGGGCCCCAAGUUGGAAGAGGUGGCCCUGGGGGUUGGGCCCAGUGUACCCCUUUGUCCUGCUCCCUGGGCUCACCAGUCAAGUCCUCACCUCCAUCCCUCUUCUUUCUGAGAGUGAGAACCCCUCUCAGAAAGCUCUGACCUGCUGCCCAAACCCACAACUCUGUAAAACCUGCGUGAGCGUCCCCUCCCUGCCCCCUUCCAGCUGUGCCUGCCCCUCACGCCCUACCGGCACACAGACUCUCUGUCCACCAGGCCAGGGAUGUGGGCGGGGGCUGGGGAGGGGCCAGAGUCGGAAUGAAAGGGCCUUUUUCUUCCACAGCUGGGAGAACAGCUGCCACCAAAGCAAGACUGGACACUCUGUGCCCAGAGCCCCCUCUGCAGCUGGCCUCCCUUCCUGGGACCUUCCUCACUCUCACCUCGCUUUCCUUUCUUCCCAUGCCUGGCUCCCACCAGGACUCUGGAACAGUGGUAGGCAAGGGAAGUUUGUCACAGCUGCCAGAGGGGUGUAUCAGGAGUGCAGAGGGACGAGGGCAGCCUCUGCCCUCUGGCCACUUCUUUCAAGACCAGGGAAGCAGCGGGAGGAGGAAUUGUGGAGCAGCGUGGUGCCUGUCCAGCACCCCCCCUCUGGAGGGGUCCACAAGGGAAGGGGCAGUGGGGGCACAAAGAUGCAGGACAGAUUGCACAUCCUGGAGGACCUGAAUAUGCUCUACAUUCGACAGAUGGCGCUCAGCCUGGAGGACACAGAGUUGCAGAGAAAGCUAGACCAUGAGAUCCGGAUGAGGGAAGGGGCCUGCAAGCUGCUGGCGGCCUGCUCCCAGCGAGAGCAAGCUUUGGAGGCCACCAAGAGCCUGUUGGUGUGCAACAGUCGCAUCCUCAGCUACAUGGGUGAGCUGCAGCGGCGUAAGGAGGCGCAGGUGCUGGGCAAGACAGGCCGGAGGCCUUCUGACAGCGGGCCGCCUGCUGAGCGCUCCCCCUGCCGUGGCCGGGUCUGCAUCUCUGACCUCCGGAUUCCACUCAUGUGGAAGGACACAGAAUAUUUCAAGAACAAAGGUGACCUGCACCGCUGGGCUGUGUUCCUGCUGCUGCAGCUAGGGGAACACAUUCAGGACACAGAGAUGAUCCUGGUGGACAGGACCCUCACAGACAUCUCCUUUCAGAGCAACGUGCUCUUCACCGAGGCAGGGCCAGACUUUGAACUGCGACUGGAGCUGUAUGGGGCCUGCGUGGAAGAGGAGGGGGCCCUGGCUGGAGCCCCCAAGAGGCUUGCCACCAAACUCAGCAGCUCCCUAGGCCGCUCCUCAGGGAGGCGUGUCCGGGCAUCGCUGGAGAGUGCUGGGGGUUCGGGGAGCAGUCCCAUUUUGCUUCCGACCCCAGCUGUGGGGGGUCCUCGUUACCACCUCCUGGCUCACACCACGCUCACCCUGGCAGCAGUGCAAGAUGGGUUCCGCACACACGACCUCACCCUCACCAGCCAUGAGGAGAAUCCUGCCUGGCUUCCCCUUUAUGGUAGCGUGUGUUGCCGCCUGGUGGCUCAGCCUCUUUGCAUGACUCAGCCUACCGCAAGUGGUACCCUCAGGGUGCAGCAAGCUGGGGAGCUGCAGGACUGGGCACGAGUGCAUGGAGUCCUGAAAGGCACAAACCUCUUCUGUUACCGGCAACCUGAAGACGCAGACACUGGGGAAGAACCAUUGUUUACUAUCGCCAUCAACAAGGAGACUCGAGUCCGGGCAGGGGAGCUGGACCACGCUGCGGGCCGGCCCUUCACCCUGAGCAUCAGUAACCGGUAUGGGGAGGACGAGGUGACACACACCCUUCAGACAGAGGGUCGAGGAGCCCUGCACAGCUGGAUGGAGGCUCUGUGGCAGCUUUUCUUUGACAUGAGCCAAUGGAAGCAGUGCUGUGAUGAAAUCAUGAAAAUUGAAACCCCUGCUCCCCGGAAACCACCCCAAGUACUGGCCAAGCAGGGGUCCUUGUACCAUGAGAUGGCCAUCCCCACAGUCCAGAGGCCUCUUCAGCAAAGGCCCGUCCCGCACUUGGCUCCAGUCACCAGUGUGAGAGAGAAAGGUGCUGGCAACAGGAUCUGGCCAGAGGAAGAGAAGACCCAUGUGCAGUCAGGCUCUGGAUGCGGCGCUGUCAGUACAAGGUUGGCCAGCUUGGCCUCACCUUCCUCUGCUGGACUUGGGGUAGGCUGGGGAGGAGGAGCAGAAGCCCCUCUUAAGCUGUGGUUGCCAAGGUGUUGAGGGGCUCGUUCCUGGGACUGGCUGGUACCCCCGAAACCCUUCCUGGGAGAAAACUGGAACCAACCCUGCCCUACCUCCCUGCACUAACCAGCUUUGAGGAUGGCACUGAAGAGCCUUGGGAGGGAGUGCACCUCCCUUGUGACUCUCACAUCAACCAUUAAAGUUAUUUAACGGCG